CUCUGCCAUUCAUCGCUUGUGUUCCUUCAUAUACUUUGAGAUAAUUGCCAACAACUUCAUAAUGCCUGGAGCACCCAUACCGCGAAACCCCUUGAUCUUGACGCUCACGCUGGACAAGGCGAGCCAUGCCUUCCUGACCAACUUGCGAUCGAAAUACUUUCCCCCAUCGAGAAACUUCCUUUCGGCACACGUCACUCUUUUCCACGCCAUCCCUCCUCAUCGGAUCAACGAACUCAAUCAACACCUGAAUCACAUUUGCGCUACGACGGGAGGAUGGGACGUGUUCAUUGGGGAACCGAAAGCGAUGGGAAAACGCGGGGUGCUGGUGAACGUCAGGGAGCGGCCGUCGGCGACGGUAGAGAACAUUCAUCAUGAGCUUCUGACUUCGCUCAACCGAGGAGUCAAGAGCAACGAUGAUCGUCUUACCGAUCAGGAUGCUCGGCCUUUAGGGAAACCCCAUGUCACCAUCUUGAACAAGGCCAAAGACGAGGAGCAAGUAGACAAGUGCUUGCAGGAAGUGCUCAAGGUGUUCGAGGAGAUGAAACAGCCGGGCCAGAAGAAUGGCCAACAGGUCGGUCGAGCGAUAGGAUUCGAGUUGUGGGAGUACAUGGGUGGGCCUUGGAAACCGCUCAAGGCCUACUGGCUGAAGGGAGAAGAACAACAUCCGGAAAACGAAGCUGCUAAGCCUCCCAACUAG